UGACAUCAUUGCUUUUGCAGCCAUACCACCAAAAGAAAGGAUGCUAUUAAAAUCUUUGGGACUGGGCUAAAUGAUGUUGUAUUGCAGAUCCUAAUAUGGUUAAUGCAGGAGACAUGAACGGUUCUGGCAACCUGAUGGACUUUUUGGAUGAGCCUUUCCCUGACGUUGGGACUUACGAAGAUUUCCACACCAUUGACUGGCUGCGAGAGAAAUCACGUGACACUGACAGGCACAGAAAGAUUACAAGCAAAAGUAAGGAAUCCAUAUGGGAGUUCAUCAAGAGUUUGCUAGAUGCCUGGUCAGGAUGGGUUGUUAUGCUUCUCAUAGGACUACUGGCAGGCACGUUGGCUGGAGUGAUAGAUUUAGCUGUGGAUUGGAUGACAGACCUGAAGGAGGGUGUCUGCUUAUCUGCGUUCUGGUACAGCCACGAGCAGUGCUGCUGGACGUCUAAUGAAACUACAUUUGAUGACAGGGACAAAUGUCCCCAGUGGCAGAAAUGGUCUGAACUCCUUGUAAACCAGUCUGAGGGCGCAAGUGCUUACAUUCUAAACUAUUUUCUGUACAUUAUGUGGGCUCUGUGCUUUGCUUUCCUGGCAGUCUCUCUGGUCAGAGUGUUUGCUCCCUAUGCCUGUGGCUCUGGAAUCCCAGAGAUAAAAACCAUCUUGAGUGGGUUCAUUAUUAGGGGCUACCUGGGAAAGUGGACACUUUUAAUCAAAACAGUCACCUUGGUUCUGGUGGUAUCUUCAGGCCUCAGCCUUGGGAAAGAAGGGCCGUUAGUUCAUGUGGCCUGUUGCUGUGGAAACUUCUUCAGCAGCCUUUUCUCAAAGUACAGCAAGAAUGAAGGAAAGAGAAGAGAGGUACUUUCAGCUGCUGCAGCCGCAGGAGUUUCUGUUGCCUUCGGGGCUCCGAUUGGAGGUGUACUUUUUAGUUUGGAAGAGGUCAGUUAUUACUUUCCUCUGAAAACCCUCUGGAGGUCCUUUUUUGCUGCUCUUGUGGCUGCCUUCACACUGAGAUCCAUCAAUCCUUUUGGAAACAGUAGACUGGUCCUUUUCUACGUGGAGUACCAUACCCCCUGGUACAUGGCGGAGCUUUUCCCUUUCAUUCUGCUUGGUGUCUUUGGUGGUCUCUGGGGGACUCUGUUUAUCCGGUGCAACAUUGCCUGGUGCAGGAGGCGAAAAACCACCAGGCUUGGGAAAUACCCAGUCCUCGAGGUUAUUGUGAUAACUGCUGUCACCGCCAUUAUUGCAUACCCUAACCCAUACACACGGAGGAGCACCAGUGAGUUGAUCUCAGAGCUCUUCAAUGACUGCGGUGCCCUGGAGUCCUCGCAGCUCUGUGACUACAUCAACGACCCAAACAUGACCCGGCCUGUGGAUGACAUUCCUGACAGACCUGCUGGCCCUGGAGUCUACACGGCAAUGUGGCAGCUCGCCUUGGCUUUGGUGUUUAAAAUUGUCAUCACGAUAUUUACUUUUGGCAUGAAGAUCCCUUCAGGCCUUUUCAUUCCCAGCAUGGCUGUUGGAGCCAUGGCUGGCAGGAUGGUUGGGAUCGGAGUGGAGCAGCUGGCGUAUCACCAUCAUGAUUGGAUCAUCUUCAGGAACUGGUGCAGACCUGGAGCAGACUGCGUCACACCGGGACUUUAUGCUAUGGUGGGAGCAGCAGCUUGCCUGGGUGGUGUUACCCGAAUGACUGUCUCGUUGGUGGUGAUUAUGUUUGAGCUAACUGGCGGCCUGGAGUACAUCGUACCUCUUAUGGCUGCAGCUGUCACAAGCAAGUGGGUGGCAGAUGCCUUUGGGAAGGAAGGGAUCUACGAGGCUCACAUUCACCUGAACGGCUACCCAUUUCUGGACGUGAAGGAUGAAUUCACUCACCGAACCCUGGCAACGGAUGUCAUGAGGCCAAGGCGUGGUGAAGCUCCGCUCUCUGUUCUGACACAGGACAGCAUGACUGUGGAGGAUGUUGAGACAUUAAUCAAGGAGACUGACUACAAUGGCUUUCCAGUAGUGGUUUCUAAAGACUCAGAGAGACUUAUUGGAUUUGCACAGAGACGAGAGCUGAUUCUUGCGAUAAAGAAUGCAAGACAGCGGCAGGAUGGGGUAGUGAGCAACUCCAUCGUGUAUUUCACUGAAGAUCCCCCAGAACUGCCACCCAAUAGUCCUCAUCCUCUGAAGCUGCGGCGUAUUCUCAACUUGAGCCCGUUCACUGUCACUGACCACACGCCAAUGGAGACAGUGGUAGAUAUCUUCCGAAAACUUGGACUCCGCCAGUGUCUUGUCACUCGCAGUGGGAGGCUGUUGGGUAUCAUAACUAAAAAGGAUGUAUUAAGACAUAUGGCUCAAAUGGCAAACCAGGACCCUGAAUCUAUCAUGUUUAACUAGACUGGUAAAGGAAGAAGAGAGAAAGUAAUCUCAAAGGGAUCCCUUCUUGAUUAACACAAAGGCUAUGAUGUUUGGCGUUUCAUUUUGUUUAAAGAGAAAAUAUAAUGUGGAUGAGAAAUGGCCCAAUAUGCCUCUGACAGAGGGAGUGUAUGCGGGAUGGCACUUAUUUAAUGAUGUAGGCAGUUUAGAAGCUCUGAGCAGCUGCAGACAUCAAGCUGUGUUUCCUUAAUGAGUUUCCUAACAGCUCAAUUGGUGCAUUUGUGGGUGUAAGUAAGUGAUGUGGUGCUUAGAGGAAAAGAGCCAGGAGCACCAGUGGGAUACAUCAACAUUCAUAGUAAUUCAUGAGGCAGGUGUGAAGACUAGCAGACACUGUUUGUGUACAAGUUAUGAACAGAUACAAAGCUUUGUGCUCCACACUAGAGAGUGUGUAUGAGUAAUGUCAGUUGUUUUUGUUCCUGAAAUCAUGGCUAUUUACUAGCUACUGAAUUAUGCUAUUUUCACGAGGAAAAAAGCUAUCAUAUUUAAAAAUGAUAAAUUUCAUCAUCUUCAUUUAUUUUUGUAAAAAUGAAGCAAAUCAGGACUGGCGUUAAAGGAGCAAGAACACACGUCAUUUCACUUUAAAGCAUAUUGUCCCCUGUUUCCUGCUUCAGUCCUUUGAAUUUUAUACAUCAUUUUUGUCCGUCAGUUUCCCUUUAUUAAUGUUAAAAUGUAACUUAUUUGUAAGCAUUUAUUAUUUCUCUAUGCAGUUUUGCAUACAGAUACUGUAAAACUUAACGUUAAGUGGUUUGCUAUGACAACAGGAAAAAGCAUAAAAGCCCAUGGAUGAAUUUUUCACAGGCAGAAAAAAGACUGCUGUCCACCUCUCAAUGUGAGCGACAAGAGAUUCAGUCUCUCACCUGUCUCCCCGUGUGUAAAGGAGCAUCAUCAUUUUUCACAGACUAAUGAAGUUCUGCAUUGAUUCUUGAUUCUCCAUUUUGUUCCUUUUCUUCAUUACCAUUUCUUGGCCUUUGUCUGCACCUGCCAAGAGAUUAUUUAAAUUAAUUUAACAGAGCUACAGACAUUUAUUCUGUAGAAGAUCUACUCUUUAUGCUGCUUCCACCAGUUGUAGGACUGUGGAAUCCCUCUCCACAACACUUUGUCUGGAUAAGUGAUCAAAAAGAUUGAGAAUGUAAACAACAAUAGCAAAACUUUAAUUAUUUAUCCUUUUGCUCCAAGAACACAAGAUUUAAAAGCCCAUGCAUGGUAGGGACCUCUGAGACCACUGAGAUAAGAAUGCUGAAAUUUCUUAAUCUUGUCUGUUACUAAGAGAUGCACUGAGUCAACAUUGUCUGUAUUAAUAUAGGUUUACUUUAGUCAGUACUGCUAUCAGUAACAGAAGACCAAAUUCUACUUUCAGUAACACAGAAUACACACUGCCUAAUAUUUUGUUUCUUCCUAAAAGCUUAAAGAUAAUCACUGGAGAGAGUUUGGAUCCUAACUUAGAUGACCUGCAAAUCUUCUUCAGGAAGGUCUUCUGAUUCUCUGAGAGUUCAGGCUCUUCAUUUAGAUGUCUAAGACCUUUGGCACCUUUGCUCAUCUUCAUACAGAUAACUUUAGCUCAAGUCCACGGCAUCCAAAAGGUCUUCAGGCAUGGAGUUUUAAGUGAGUCCUUUCAUACCAGAAGAGCCUGUUGCUUGCUACAAAAGCCAGACUGUUGAGUCAACUUGUAGGCAAUGUGCAUGAUCACUGUGUCCCUGAACAGAGACAAGAAGCCAGGUGCACUCUAAAUUAAAUGCCCAGCGUUACAUGUCACCAAUUUCUCGUGUUGUCUCCAAUGACCCUGCUUCCUUCUGGUGUCCCACUGUAUUCACACAACGUAUGGCCCAAAUUGUUCAAGUAAAAGAAACGGAAGUAUAGGGAUAAUUUUAAUCUGCUAAAUACUCCAUUUAACAAUAGCAUCUGAAGAGAUUGACAUAAAUACAUGUAACUCUGGCCAAAGCCCAUAAAUAUUUCAGUGUGUACUUUCUGCUAACUGAACAUCUGCAGUACAAUGCAUUAUUAAAGGAAUAUUGUUAAAACUAUGUAAACUAUAUGACCAAGCAAACCUUUUCUUCUGAAACUAGGAAAUGAUACACAAUACUGUUGUUUCUUGUGUUUGUCUGUGAAGCAGUCAUCAACCGAACUCAUAAAAAAGCAACCAAAGCAACCACCACAACUCAUAAAAAUUGUAUCCCUUCAUUUGAACAGAGAUGUCACCUGAAGAAUCAAUGAAUUCCUGUAACUAAAACCAACAAGAAGUGUAGUACAACUAUCAGUUUCUACCCAAAACUACUGAAUCAAAGGGAUUUGGACUGAGAUAAGUAGCUUGACUUUUGAGGGCAAUCUUAUUCUAAAAUUAAAACUGAAAGAAUUGUGGUCUAUUUUUCCACUUUUAAAAAUGUCUAAUUUGAAUACAUACAUAUUAGAUUAACAUUUUAUCCAUCUCCCUUUAUGUUUACACAGGAAACAGAUUAGCAUACUCUCCCUACCUGAAUGCUUUUAAAUAACUCUUCUCCUCAUAAGUCAAGAGAAAGAAGUUGGAAAAAAAAAUCCCUUUUACCUGCUGUUUUAGAGCAAACUCUUUGCUAGAUGUAGGUCAGGGAAAAUGGCAGGUCUAAAGCCUUCUCUCUUAGCCAAGGAAAUUUCAGUCCACAACACAUUUGCAUUUAGUCCAUGGCGGAGCUAACUCCGAGGAGUGUUGAUAGUACUGAGGGCAAUGUUUGCUAAUAGUAACCAGGAUAGAACAUCAACACUGAAAAAAUUGUCAUUUCCUGAGAAAAAUGACAGAUAACUGAGCUAGCUGAGAUUAAAAUAACAGUGACUAGAAACUCAUUUGGGCAGUGACUUACUUACUUGGGUUAUCAGCUUAAACUCAGUCCAAGGCUAUGCACAGGCAAAAUCCUGAGUGGCUAAUUCCUGUUAAUACCCAGAGGCCUGAUCCAUUAAAACCAAGUCAGCCUUGUGAUAUCUAUCUUAUCACUUAGGCUUAUUCAACUGCACAUGAGGAGCCUUAAGGAUUUAAGAAUGGGAUCCACAAAGCCAUCAUGGUGGUUUAAAAGAAACACCAGGAAAGGAAUUGAGACUCAUGCACUUAUUGCAGGUGCAGGCUGACCCUAGGACUACCGCCCAAGUAGAAGGCAGGUAAAUGGGAGUCCAGCUCUUUUCUGUGAAACCUGUUCCUCUUUAGAUGGAACGGUUAAAUAUUUAAAGGGUCAAAGAGAGAAAGCUUUGGAUGUAUAACUGUAUGCAUGAGUGGUUAGACUGCCUCUCCUUGUUCCAAUGUCUGUUCAAAAUACUUUAAAACAUCUUAGGGCAGGGACUGAAAUCUAACUCUCCCGAAAUGGCACAGGAAUAGCUAGCUUCCAGAUGCUUAGCAUUAUCAAGGCUGAGGUGGUGCUAGAAUGACAAGGAGAGCUUUGAAACCGGACAGACUUUGCUAAUUAAAAAACUUACUUAAAAGUUCAGAUGCUUACAGAGACAGUCAGCAGCUGGCUGCAAGUUCUUCUGUUAACUUUCCGCCAUCCUGUAUUGUCUCCAUUGCUCUUUUAGCCUCAGUGGCUGAAUGAGAAACUCUCUUAACAUAAAUUAAGAACACACUUUUCUCAAAAAUGCGGUUCUAAUGAAAUGAUUUAAUGUAAAUCCCCAUAACAAGCCCAUUAUCAGUCAGUGUUUUCCAUCUGUAUUCCCAAAUGUGUCUCAGAAGUUACUGAAUAGACUCCAAGAGGCAUAUAUCUCAGCCUUAAGUAUUUAUUUGAAUCUGUAGAACUCAAGAUAGAGUUACAGAGCCUGAUUAAUCUAAGAAGAGUUUCAUAGGAACUUUAGGAUAUAGUUCUCAGUUUAUACAACCACAGUUCAAUUUUGCUGUUCAAUCUGUUGGACUCCGAUGAUGUCAAACCAAAUGAGAGAACAAAAAAUCUUUCUUUAAAUGAUGCAAGUUCAGUAUUGUACCUUUGUUUUGCAUGGACUGUGUUAAGUUACAUUCAGCUUCUGAUGUGUACUUGAAGCAAUCCGCACCAGAAAGUCUAUUAUAAAAGUAUAGAACAUGGAUGAUAUUAGCCAGAUCCUUUGGCUGUCACUGUAAUACCAGCUAUUAAUUCUUAUGCUUUGACAAAGCAGAAAAGAAGAAUGUUAAAAAAUUACAGAAGA